ACAUAUAUAUAUAUAUAUAUUUAUAGGUGACAAAAAUGGUGGUGAAUGUGGACCUACAGCGCUAAAAAUGCUACAAGAGGGGCAAGAAACUUGUCUGCAAAUUUCCUGACGUAUGAUGAGAAGGCAAACAAGGUGACAAUUAAGGUGGUGAGCUGCUCGCCGGAGAAGAUCAGGGACAAGUUAUGCAAGGGUGGUGGAUGCAUCAAGAGCAUUGAGAUCGUAAAGCCAAAGCCGCCUCCGCCUCCGCCUACGCCACCGCCCCCGCCCCCGCCCCCGCCUCUGUAUUUCCUUGUUGAUGCCAUGGACUACACCAUGUCAAAGAUGUAGAGCAACCAUUUAUUAAAGUGUCUAAUUGAUCACUCACUGGUUUAUCUUAUCACUGACGUAUCACUCAAUCCUGUUAUUAGUGAAAACUAUAAAAUUCAGAUAGGUUU